AUGGCCGUCAGUACUGCCUUGGGCCCUUUGCUGCGUGGGAGCUCGAGCAAGAAUACACGGGGCCUGCUUCGAAUCAUCAUACUCCUCACCAUUGCGGCUGCCGCAGUGUCCGCCCGUCUAUUCAGUGUCAUUCGAUUCGAGAGUAUAAUUCACGAAUUCGAUCCCUGGUUCAACUUUCGUGCGACAAAAUAUCUAGUAGCCAAUGGUUUCUAUAAGUUCUGGGACUGGUUUGACGAUCGAACAUGGCAUCCACUUGGUCGAGUUACGGGAGGAACCCUCUACCCUGGUCUCAUGGUCACGUCCGGUGUCAUCUACCACCUCCUUCGUCUGCUUUCAAUUCCCGUCGAUAUCCGUAACAUCUGUGUUCUCCUGGCACCUGGAUUCUCCGGUCUCACGGCUUUGGCAAUGUACCUCUUGACGUCUGAAAUGUCAUCUUCUCCGUCUGCCGGGCUUUUGGCUGCAGCGUUUAUGGGCAUCAGUCCUGGGUAUAUCUCAAGAUCUGUUGCUGGCAGCUAUGACAAUGAAGCGAUAGCUAUAUUCCUCUUGGUUUUCACCUUCUUUCUCUGGAUCAAAGCGGUCAAGAAUGGUUCAAUCAUGUGGGGGGCAUUGGCUGCUCUUUUCUAUGGAUACAUGGUGUCUGCUUGGGGUGGAUACGUCUUCAUCACGAACUUGAUCCCUCUGCAUGCUUUCACCCUGAUUCUGAUGGGACGGUACAGUUCUAGACUGUACAUCAGCUACACGACUUGGUACGCUCUGGGAACCUUGGCCAGCAUGCAAGUACCUUUCGUCGGCUUCUUGCCUGUCAGAAGCAGUGACCAUAUGGCUGCCUUGGGAAUCUUUGGCCUCCUACAGCUUGUUGGGUUCUUCAACUUCCUCCGGGACCAGCUUCCUGGAAAGCAAUUCCAGACACUACUUGUCGCGCUGGGCGGAGCAAUUGUCGGAAUCAUGUUUGUCGGAUUGGUUGCGCUUACCCUUUCAGGAACUAUCGCACCAUGGAGUGGGCGGUUCUACUCACUUUGGGACACUGGUUACGCCAAGAUCCACAUUCCCAUCAUUGCAUCGGUGUCGGAGCAUCAACCGACAGCAUGGCCGGCCUUCUUUUUCGAUCUCAACAUGCUCAUCUGGCUGUUCCCCGCUGGUGUUUACAUGUGCUUCCGUAACCUUAAGGACGAACAUGUAUUUGUUGUCCUUUACGCUGUCCUGGCCAGCUAUUUUGCUGGGGUGAUGGUCCGUCUAAUGCUCACCCUGACGCCCGUUGUUUGCUGCGCUGCGGCUCUAGCCAUCUCACACAUCCUCGACACUUACCUUUACAUCCCAAGUCCCGUGGAGGAAUCCAACGAACCCAGCAAUGGCUCUGUGAAGGGAAGCAAACUCAGUGCCAACCCAUCGUUACGGUCAACGCGGAAUCCCCUGGUCGGAAUAUACUCACUCGCCUCAAAAUCUCUCAUGACAUCAAUGUUCACAGGAUUCCUCCUUCUCUUCGUUGCACAUUGCACCUGGGUCACCUCAAAUGCAUAUUCUUCGCCUUCUGUGGUCUUGGCUUCAAGGCUACCAGAUGGAUCGCAGCAUAUCAUUGAUGAUUACAGAGAAGCAUACUACUGGUUGAGACAGAAUACUCCUCGGGAUGCAAAGAUCAUGUCAUGGUGGGAUUAUGGAUAUCAAAUUGGAGGCAUGGCCGAUCGUCCAACGUUGGUUGACAACAACACCUGGAACAACACUCAUAUCGCCACUGUUGGCAAGGCGAUGAGUUCGAGAGAAGAAGUCAGUUAUCCUAUUCUUCGUCAACACGAUGUCGAUUACGUAUUGGUCGUCUUUGGUGGUCUGCUUGGAUACAGCGGAGACGAUAUCAACAAAUUCCUCUGGAUGGUCAGAAUUGCGGAAGGCAUCUGGCCGGAGGAAGUGAGGGAGCGUGACUUUUUCACUGCAAGGGGUGAAUACAGGGUCGACGAAGAGGCAACUCCCACUAUGAAAAAUUCACUCAUGUACAAGAUGUCCUACUACAACUACAACCAGCUUUUCCCUGCCGGUCAAGCCCAAGAUCGCGUUAGAGGAUCACCGCUGCCGGCACAAGGUCCGGAGUUGAGCACCUUGGAAGAAGCAUUUACCAGUGAGAACUGGAUCAUUCGCAUUUACAAGGUCAAGGACUUGGACAACGUAGGACGGGAUCACCAAAGUGCCGUCGCCUUUGACAAGGGCCACAAAAAGAAGAGAAAGGCAGGUAGCAAGAAGGGCGUGAGAGUGUUGAGGGAAGAUUAA